AGCUCGAGUCCCGGACACAGCACCUGUUCCCAGCCAAUGUCUCCACCCCGUCGGGCAAGCUGGCGCGCCGGACCCUGGCUGAGGCGGAACGUCUGCUCAGGGAGAUGCGGGCCCGAAACCUGGGCGCCCCGAGAGCAGCGGCUGAGGCUGAGCUGGACGAGGCCCAGAGACUGCUGGCCCGCGUGCAGGAACAGCUGACCAGCCGCUGGGAUGCGAACCAGGCACUGGCCGAGCGCUCGCGAGCCCAGCUGGCCCAGCAUGAGGCCGGCCUCAUGGACCUUCGAGGGGCCCUGAACCAGGCAGUGGGCACCACUCGGGAGGCAGGGGAGCUCAACAGCCAAAACCAGGAGCGCCUGGAGGAGGCCCUG